AUUUUACACUUGUACAUUCAUUGAAAUGCAGAAUAUUUGAUCCAUGUGCCUGUCUUUUCAUGUUAGAAACUCGAUAAUGGGUCUUAUAUUCACAUUCUUUUGAUAUGUAUCUUGAUUUCUGUUUAGCUAAAUCGAGCAUGAUGGAUGCUGAUAAUGGGGAUCUCGAGAACAGUGAUUGCCAACAACUCCCAAUUUCAGCGCAAAUAAACGGGACAUUGAAUGGCACACUUGAGACUGAAGGGUUUACUGAGAUUUUUGAAAAUGCCAUUGAGUUAAAUGAGGAGAAGAAAGUACAUUCGGGCCAAGAAUACACCAGCCACUCAAAGGAAUAUGAAGUUGAAAAGCCUCAAGAACCAAAUAAUUCGAAACCACCAGAGGUUAUGAUAAGGGCCAACAACGGGAAACCUUCGAGCAAGGGCAAAGAUGGAAAAGAAAUUAAGAAAUCUUCAAACGGCAAAUUUGCUUCUCCUUUAGGAACAAAAAGCAAAUCGUUCAACAAGAGACAAAGUGCUGAUAAGGCACAACAUGAACAUCAGCAGCAUGGACUACCUAGUGUAAUGUUGUCUUCCACAAAAGGAGAACAGACUGAAGAAUUUCUUAAGAAGACAAAGCUGAAAACACUUGCAAAAGGCCCUUCCAUUAAAGUCGAUGAGAUCUCUGAGUCUUCAUCAAAUCCAACAGCUGGGGAAGCCAAGCCCCUCAAAUUGGGUACUAUUCCUGCCUAUAAUUUCAGUUUUAAGUGCAACGAAAGGGCUGAAAAAAGGAAAGAGUUUUAUUCGAAACUUGAGGAAAGAAUUCAGGCACAGGAAGCUGAGAAGAGUAAUCUGCAAGCUAAAACCAAGGAAACACAGAAAGCCGAGAUUAAGAUGUUGAGAAAAACUUUAGGUUUCAAAGCUACACCAAUGCCGAGCUUCUAUCAGGAACCUCCACCUCCAAAAGCAGAACUAAAGAAGAUACCCACUACCAGAGCUAAAUCCCCCAAGCUUGGCCGUAAAAAGAGCUCGACUUCCAAAGAAAUCGGGCCCCAUCUUUCUCGGUUAAGCUUGAACGAAAAACUCUCGCAAAGCAACCUUGCCCGAACAACCUGUAACGAUCAUAUCAAGAAGCAACAAAGAAAGUCCCUUCCCAAGUUAUUACCAUUUGAGGACAAUGCCUUGCCGAAAAGAACAUCAUUAUCAUCUGGCAAAACCAAAACUUCCAAAAAGACAGUUGAACAACACGAGGUUCAGACCAACAUUUGGACUGAAGGAGAAAGUAUCGACGAGAAACUUCCGGAAGCUCAGAAAGAAAUUGCUAGAUUGGAAGAGGCAAUUGCAUUCUAUUCAAAACUUGAGGAAAAGAUCCAGGCAAAGGAAGCAGAGAAGAGUAAUCUUCUAGCUAAAACCAAGGAAACACAAGAUGCUGAGAUCAGAAUGUUUAGAAAAAGUUUGGGUUUCAAAGCUCCACCAAUGCCGAGCUUCUAUCAGGAACCUGCACCGCAGACAACGGAACUAAACAAGAUUCCAACAACCAGAGCUAAAUCCCCGAAGCUAGGCCGAAAAAAGAGCUCGAAAGAAAAUGGGCCCCGCUUGACUAGGUUAAGUCUUGACGAGAACGACUUAUGUAGAACACGUGAAGAUCGUGUGAAGAAGCCACAGAGAAAGUCCCUUCCCAAGUUACCAUUUGAGGACAAUGCCUCGUCAUUAUAUGAAAAGGAAACAACAGCAUCAUCGUGUGAAAGUAAUACUUCUUCCAAAGAAACAGUUGAGAAAGUCUUGAAUGAGAAAGAAAGUACAAUCAAGAGUCAGUUGAAGAUGGAUGACAAACUUCCGGAAGCUCUGGAAGAAAUUGAUAAGGUGCAAGAGGCAAUUGCAGUAUAA